AUGGACAACCAAGAGUACAAACAGAUAUCUAAUGAAAAUAUAGAAUCCGCAGGGGAGUCGUCUGAAAGUGAAGAUGAACACCAGGUCGACGACAUUGAUGAAGACCCGAACUGGUAUCCAGAUUCUGAAGAGGAAGGCAGGCCAGAAGUUCGGUCACCUUAUCAGUUGCGAAGUAGGAGAGUAUGGAGGGACAAAGAGAGUGAACAGAAGGUAGCAACGCCUGAAAGAAGUUGA